GGUAGCCGAACAAGUGUUGCUCUCGUCUGGAACAGGUGGAGAUAUGAAAAAGUGCUCGAAAUUCUGGAUUUCGUGAUGGAAAAUAUACUGUGCAACGAUUGACGGAGUGUAGCGGGGAAGAGUUGCUCCAUGUAAAGCCAAUCAAGCACCCAUGAAGUCCACCAUGAAGAAGACAAAGCAGAUCAACAUCAAGCAGACCCUCGCUCUGGCCAGAGCAUUUCACUUCCUGUACUCCUGUGCCAACUCUUGCCUGCUCCCCUUCCUCACGCUGUACUUCAGACAGCUGGGCCUCACUCCUGAGAUGGCGGGCAUCGUCAUGGGCACCAAGCACCUCAUAUCACUGGUGUGGCGCCCCAUGGCCAGCCUUCUCGCCAAGAUGUACAACAAGAGGCGAGUGGUGAUACACGGUUCUGUGGUGUGUUCAGCCGUGGUCGCACUGGUCGUGAUUAUUUUCCCGCCUGUAGAUCUGCAAGCAUACAUCAACACCUGUAAUGGGUCUAAUGUGAGAAGCACUCCAUCCCCCAUUGAUUCUCACCCAAAGGUCAGCACAGCUCCUGCCUCCCUGUCUACUAUGACCUUUCUUGCCGAUGCUAUCCGUGACAGAACAUCUGUUGCAGAAGGCAGAACUUCACAGCUUCCUGUGGUAAGAACAAACAGUACAGCAGAACCAAGGAACAGCACCUCUGUUGAGUUCCAUACGACAAUCCACGCCUUGAUGAGGAAGAAGAAGGCCCAUCUGAAAGUGGACACUGGGGAACAUAAAGAGGAAGGUCAAUUAGAUUUUCUGUCCAGCCUGAAGAUGAUGGACGUUCAACACCAGCUCUUCUUCUUGAUACUUAUCACUGUGUGUGUAUGGGAGCUCGUGGCAGCCCCUCUAGAGUGGACAGCAGACGACGGCCUGUGCGAUUAUCUGGACUUUGCCGACGCUUCAGAUCAUUAUAGCAGCGCAGGGGUUUGGCCUUUACUCGGAGCCGCAUGUGGCGUCGGUGGAGCGGGGCUGCUGGUCAGCCGGUUAAACUGUUUAAUCUUUGGUCGCACCUCCAGGAGUGCCGUGCACUUUUUGUGCUACGCUGGCGUGUUGUCGCUGGCUUUGCUCAUUGCAGCCUUCCUCCCGCUUGACCUGAACAAGCAGCAAGGCAAGGUGAACCGGCUGCUCAAGGCCGUGCAGCUGGUGCGCGGUUCCCAGCGCGCGGUGCUCUGUGCCAUCACCGCCCUGCUGGUGGGGGUGACGCGCUCCGCCGUGGACAACUUCCUCUUGUGGCAGAUGCAGGAUCACGACAGCACCGAGCUGCACAUGGGGGUGUCUCUCGGCUUCGCGUUGCUUUCACAGGCCGCCUUCCCUCUGCUGGCUGUCCGACUGACUCGGCUGCUCAGCUCAGGAAGGGUGCUCGUGCUGGGGGCAGCCACUCUUGGAUUACAGUGUUUGUAUUACUCCUUCCUGUGGGGGCCGUGGGCUGUGGUGCCUGCUCAACUUUUUAGCUGUUUCAGCUGCGGAGCCUUUUGGUGGGCAGUGAAGGUGCAGAGCGACGAUGUUGCCACGCCAGGAACAGAAAGGAGCUUAAAGAGGCUGUACACUGCACUGUCUUUAGACUUGGGGAGUGCACUGGGAAGUUUCGCCGGAGGGUUUGUGGUCCACCAGUUUGGGCUUGUGUGGCUCUUCAGGGGGGUGGCCGUGGCUCUGAUGCUGUGGUGCAUAUGCCUGCCUCUACUGCAGUGGAAUGCCCCCCACCAGUACAGGAUCAAUUAUUCUCGCCUUUUGGCGGCAGAUGCGAGUGAGGCCAGUGACUCUGAGUCAGAGCAAGAAAGAGAUUGGCUCGAUAAAGCUAUGGAGGACGACCGUAGCAUUAACAACAAUUAUGGAAAGAGAGUAAACCGCUAACCUCUACAGCGUGAUCAUUGAAAAAGAAUGCAGCAAACACUAAAGUGCAAAGUUUCAACACAAAUACAGAACAAUUUUGCCCAGUUUGGACAAAACAAUACAGUCCACACAAUGUUGGCUCUCUGUUAGAGACAAGAUUCAGUGAAUCCCCACUAUUUAUCAAGAUAGGGAGCGAGCCCUGCAAUUGAUGAUUUCAACACAAUUAUUUGACACCAAUACUUUGAUUGCUUUGUUUUGACUUUUUCAGUUAAUAACAGGAGGAUAAAUAAAUAAAUCAGCUAAUAGGUGAAUUUGCGAAUGCCGAAACCAUGAAUGUGCAGGGGUUCACUGUAGCCUUUAUAUGAAAUCACUCCCAAAAAUAUUCAUCCAACCUAAACUGAUCUACUUUAAGUAAUUUUUACACCCUUGCAUUGUUUGUUUUGUUAUUUUAUGGAGUGGGGGCAUCUACUGUAAAUGCACACAAGCCUCCCAUCUCAAGGCAAACACCCGAGUGGAAUUUGUAAAAGCCGGCGAAGGCUCGAUUGUCAAUCCUCUCACUGAAAUGCAAAUACAAGAUGUGUACACAAGGCGAGGUUAAACUACUUUGGUGUCCUGUUCUGUCACUCCCACUUGGCACCUAAUCUGUUUAACUUCUUCUGAAGCUAAAGUGAGGUGAAUUGAUGACUUUUGUG